UCAAAAGAGUGCUUGCAAAAUUUCACGCUCUCGAGAAAACAAGAUUCAAUCUCUGUUUCACCAACCCAAGUGCGAGAUUCCCUCUUUCUCUCUCUCACUCGAAGCCCCAUUUUGCAUAUACAUGCAGAUAAUUUCCACUCAUAGGUCAAUCUGUGGUUGAAAAAGCUGUUCUUGGACUCUGCUCUGACUUCGAUCUUUGCUGGAAUUGAAGCUCAAAUUGGAUGUGUUACCGUGUUUUUUCAACUUCUUAAGUUGAUAAUUUAUGUGGGUUUGAGGGAGAAAGUUGAUUUUAUUCGGUGUUUUUGGGGGAGUUUAUUAGUAUUAGUUAGGUGUGGCUGUUUAUGCAGAAUUUAGGGUUUUACGUUUUUGUAGGUUCAUUGAGAAUGGGGAAUGGACGAGGAUUGUGCGUGGUUUUACAUGUGAGCCCUGAUUGAAGUUGAAAGUUGGGAUUUUUUUGGUAAGUUUGGAUUGCAUCGGAUUCUAGGGCUUAAUUUGUUGAUUUGGGAGAUUGGGAUUAGGUAAGAAUAGUUUGAAGUAAUUGUGUUGGGGGGUUGAAAGAGGGAAAUUUAGGAAAAUGUUUUAUUCACAAUUUAUAUUGGCGAAAAAGGGGCCUUUGGGAACCAUUUGGAUAGCAGCUCAUUUGGAAAGGAAGCUCCGCAAGAAUCAAGUUGCUGAUACUGAUAUCGGGGUAUCAGUAGACUCUAUUCUUUCCCCGGAUGUGCCCAUUGCACUUCGUUUGUCCAGCCAUCUUCUACUUGGCGUGGUGAGGAUAUAUUCUCGGAAGGUGAACUACCUAUUUGAUGAUUGCAGUGAGGCUUUACUCAAUGUUAAGCAAGCUUUUCGUUCUGCUGCGGUGGAUCUACCACCAGAACAGUCUAAGGCCCCUUAUCAUACCAUCACCUUGCCCGAAACGUUCGACCUUGAUGAUUUUGAGCUGCCAGAUAAUGAAAUCUUCCAUGGUAAUUUUGUAGAUCAUCAUAUCAGUUCAAGAGAGCAAAUAACCCUUCAAGAUACUCUUGAUGGCGUCACUUACUCCACGUCAAAGUUUGGUCUGGAUGAGAGGUUUGGAGAUGGUGAUGCUUCUGGUUUGGACCUUGACGAGGAAUUGUUUUUGGACAAGGAUGGCACUGCAGGACUUGAAAAUGAAAGGUGUGAUCCACAGGCUUCGGUUGGACCGAUGACACCUCUCAAGCAAGAUGAGCAUCCUGAAAUUAGGAAUGCUGAUUCAGGAACCAAGGUUGAUGAUGUUGAUGUCUAUGAUGAUCUCAUAAAUGCACAGGCUCCAUCUACCCCUGGGCUGGUGGAAGAGCCUAAUUUAUCCAAUGUCCAAGAGGUUUCGGCCUUUGAUGACCAUAUGGAAGCGGAAUGUCGUUUAGGGGAAUCUACUGUGAUAGAAAAUGCAGACAACAAUAUUAAUGAGGAUAAACAAGGGGUCAAUUGGUUUUCUCACGAUAAUAAAAUUUGUGAUGCAGUUCCAGUGGUGCCACCUGAGGACAAUGGCCAUCAGUCAGGUGGCUUGGGUGUUGAUUCUUCGAAGCCACUAAGAGAAUCUCUUACUGAAGCUAAUAUGGAACAUAAUUUGGUCGAGACUUUAGCAGUUGGUCAGGAUAAAUCUGUAAACUCUUCUUUGGAGUUGGAUGAUAAAAUCAAUGGGGCAUCUCAAGCUCCCUGCCAGAAUGCAGAUGCUGAUGGUAUGAACUCAAUUUGCCCAGUUGACGAGGAUGAUCACCAUCAAGGCCCCUUUACCGGCAUUGAGAAAAGUGCUCGUGAAAUUUCUGGUGAGGCUAGCAACUACCACCAAGAUGAACCUUUUCCACAAAAUCGUGAAACUAAGGCCUCUAAUGAACUGGGAGAUCCGAACUCGUCGAACCUUAAUGUUCAUGAAAAAGUGGCUUCUUCUGAGACUCCUUUUCUAAGACCAUGCAAUUCUAACCUGGAACAGCCUGAUUUUGUUUCUAAAUAUGCCUUGUCAGCAGAUGCUUCUGUACAAUCUGAUGUUAUCGACUUGGCAACUUCUGAGGCAGAGGAGAUGGUAAUGAUAGGUAAAGGAUGCUCUGGAGCUGAUAAUCCAGAAGAAGUUUUGGAGGAGAAGCACAUGCAAGAACAUGCACUGCGAGAAGGCACUGAUGCAGCUUCCAACGAACCCAAUAGUCAUGUAACGAAUGCCGGUGCACAUGAUGGUCUGGUGGAUAAUCUAAAUAGUUCUGCAGAAGCCGAUCUGCCUGCACCAGAAAAAUUGUUAUCCGUACCAGAAGACAUAAACCAACAUAAUAACAUGUUUACAGAGAUGGGCUCCGGUGAGUUUGUCGGGCUUGAUGCUAGUGAUGCUGGAAGCAAAAUCAUUUCUGGCAAGAAGCGUAGUUUUACUGAAAGUGCAUGGACAGAGCAGAGUCUGAACUCAGUUGAAUCUUCAAGACUGGUCCGUUUUAAAAGAACGGUCGAAUCUGUGCCCGAUGAUGAUGAUUUAUUGUCUUCCAUUUUAGUGGGAAAAUCAUCAGUUUUGAAAGUGAAGGCAACACCUCGUCCUUCUGAGGCGGCAUCUACUAAACGUACUCACGCUACUCAACGUACUAGUGCUCCCAAAAGAAAAGUAUUUAUGGACGAUACUAUGGUAUUGCACGGCGACAUGAUAAGACUGCAGCUGACAAACUCUGAAGACAUACGCCGUGUGAGAAAGAAAGCUCCGUGUACGCAGUCCGAGAUUUCUUUGAUUCAGAAAAAAUACUUGGAAGACGAUUGUUUUCUUGGACCACUAUUUACUGGAAUAUCGAUUGAGUUGGAAUCUUUGCACAGUCGCACAUGGAAUUUGAGCGGCAUUCGAGUGUGCAACGAUGAGCCAAGUGAUUCUUCUCUUGGAAAUGUUGCUGAUGCAAGGGUACCUUCUAAAGAAGUACCACCCGAAGACAGCAAAGAGAAUGAUGACUAUUCUCUAGCAACUGUAGCUGAACCACAUUCGAUGUCUCAAGAUGCUGAAAAUUGUGAGGCAGUGGACAUUGGAAUGCAUAAUGCUGCAGAACAAAAUAGAGUGACGAUAGCCAAUGAACAUUCGUCACACAGAGAUAGUGAGACUCCUCUCCUGACUGAUAAUGGGGUUAACAAAGUUCAUGAGAUGAAUGUGGAAAUCGACACCUGUGACAAGCCCAAUAGUGAUAUGGAGGCUGAUGUUUCGAAACACGAGCCUUUGGUAGAUGUAAGUGGACGGGAAAUGAGUGAGAAAAGCGAACGUGCCUCUGAUUUUCCAGCUAGUGUCAUUCAAUUGAAUCCUGCAACUGAGACUUGUGAGGAACUCACUUUUGUGAAUGCUGACUUAUCAACCGGUCUACUCGAUCAAGAGAGGGAUGCACCCUCUGUUGAGUUGCACUAUGCAAUGAUGGAUGCCGACAACAGACAAGCCAUUGAAGAUGUAUUAUUAGCAAGGGAUGGUGAUGUUAAUGCGGGGCUUGAAACUGAACCUCUAGAGAGGGAUGAUGUUUUCUUAGAGGUUGCCCAAGAAAAUGCCACUGUUGAGGCGCAGUCGAAUUCUAAACAGGAGUUGGAGUUUGAUGAAUACAAUCAAACACGCAAUGCUAUAUUCGGGGAAAAUAUUGAAUUUUCUUCAUUCACAGCAGACCAAGAUUUUGCUUUUAUGGAGAAUAUCAGAAGCCCCGAACAACCAGAAGCUCAUUAUCACGAUAUGAUGGGUGCAGAAAGUUCUGGCUUCAACAUGCACAAUCAAGAGGAAUGGAAGUAUUCCGCUGCCGAAAACGACACAGAUUUUCUAAAUGUUGAUGAUGACGAGCUAAAUGAAAUGGUCGAUGAUCAAGAUAUUGCUGAUGAGGAAGAAACACGAUUCAUAGAGAACACCGGGUGGUCUUCACGUACAAGGGCCGUUUCCAAGUAUCUGCAGACAUUGUUCGUUAAAGAGGCGGAGCAAGGAAGGAGAUCUCUUAACCUAGAGCACCUCUUAGUUGGUAAAUCACGCAAAGAAGCUUCGAGGAUGUUUUUUGAAACAUUGGUUCUCAAAACUAGAGACUACAUCCAUGUGGAGCAACAGGUCUCCUUUGAUGGGAUCGCCUUGAAACCUCGAACAAGGCUGAUGAAGAGCAACUUCUGAGCUCGUGUAUUCUUCCGAAAGCCGCGCAGAGUCACCACGUGGCGAUGUGAACUUUUUCUGUGAAGGCAGUCUGGCAGAGGAGCUCGAGAGGUUUUUUACAGUGACAACUCUUGUUCGUAGCUGAGGAAAUCUGAACACUGGUUGUAAUUUAACUGCUAAGUAAGAGUUGCUAGAUUUCAAUUUUAAUGGUACAAAAUAUCUUAGUAGUCCAAAUAUAUGUAAAAUAAUGCACAUCCCUAUUUCUAAUUUUAUGUAUAUAUAUUAUGGCGGAAGCGUUUUAAAUA